UAUAUAGGGUUCCCGCUUCAACCAUUUCCAGUGAACAAUACAUACUGGAUUCUCAUAUAGCGAGUGACACGCAUAAACAUACAGAUACGUUGAGCCGUGCGAGUAUAAUCUGGAAAUAUGGCAAGCCCAAGAGUGUUAGGGACUACUUUCCUCGUCUUGCUUAUUUUAGACCUCACCUUUGCUGCUAGGACACUGAAGUCAAUCAGUGGAGGUGGAGGUGGAGGGCAGGGAGGAGGAGGUGGGGGGGGUUCUGGAACAGGACUCGGGUCAGGUUCUGGUUCUGGGUCUGGAUAUGGGAGCGGUGAAGGAUAUGGUGCUGGUGGUCAUGGAGGAGGUGGAGGCAGAGGCGGAGGCGGGGGCGGGGGAGGUGGCAGUGGUGGAGGCAAAGGGUCAGGUUCUGGCUAUGGGUCUGGUAGCGGCUCAGGCUAUGGUUCCGGUGGUGGGAUAGGUGGCGGCAGAGGUGGUGGUGGCGGUGGAGGCAGUGGAGGUGGUGGUGGUGGAGGUCAUGGCUCCGGAUCAGGAAGUGGGUCAGGCUAUGGUAGUGGAAGUGGAAGUGGAAGCGGUGGUGGCAAGGGUGGGCAUGGAAGUGGAGGAGGAGGAGGAGAAGGAGGUGGUGGGGGUGGAGGAGGAGGAUCUGGCUCUGGCUCUGGCUCAGGUUAUGGUAGCGGGUCUGGUUAUGGCUCUGGAUAUGGAGGAGGGAAAGGUAAUUAAGGCUUGCCAUGAACACAGAGGAUACCUUUUCUUUUGUAUUCUGAAAUAAAAUUGCAGGAGCUCACACAUGCAUGCACAUAGCAUGUUGGCGAGCAACUGCAACUGUGCAUGUAUGUCUACAUUAUAAAUCUCUUAAUAAAGAUCACUUUUUAGAGCA